AUGAGAACGAUUCUGGUGAUUGCUGUUAUUGCUUUUCUUGCUGUAAAUGCCAAAAAGCAAAAGGGGCAAAAUGUGGAGAGGCCAAUGAAAGUUGAACAGAUGCCUUGCCCCUAUAUGCGAGAGCAAGCAAUGGCUCAAAUGGAUCCAUUGUCGAGAGCCAAUGCCGAGUACCAGAUUUGUAAGCAAAACUGCCUGAUGAAGCACCAACACCAGCAGAUGCAAACCACCACUGAACAGAAAGUCGAUCAAUUGAGAAAAGAGCUCGCUGACGCUGAGGCUUUUCUUCAACAAAUGGGUCAGGCUGAGGGACAAGACGGUCAUCAACAGCUCCAAGAUGGGCACGAUCAACAAACCGGAUUCGGUCAUCAUCCAGCUGGCGUUCAUCAAUCUUCACAAAUGUCAGACAAUCAACGACAGGCCGCCAAGCCCCAUUCGAUCAAUCACGGAUCAGGACCAAGCCACCCCGCCGACUACAAAAUU